UUUAGGGAUACGCUCGUUUGGAACUUGAACGACCCGGUGAUCACUCCGGAACACUUUGCGCAGACGGUCGUCGAGGACUAUGCGCUCGCGCAGAGCUACCACGGUCUCAUCACCAAAUCGAUCCAGGAGCAGCUGAGCGACUACAAGGCGCACACGGCCACCCUCGACGCGGAGUAUUAUUCUUCGGACGCUGUC